AUGUCAGCCACCGAGACGCUCAACUUGACAGAGGCCACCAUCACUGACCUGGGGCAAGCUCUCAACAGCGGAUGCCUAACCAGCGUGGAGCUGGUUACACUCUAUCUCCACCGAAUCGCCUACUUUGAUAUGCGGAAUGCGUCGCUCAACUCUAUCUGCAUCUUGAACCCCCGAGCGCUUGAAGAGGCACAGGCCUCCGACGACUACCGCGCAACACCAGGCAAUGUGCCUCGGCCUCUCGAAGGCAUUCCUUUUACCGUCAAGGAUAGUUUCAUGGUGAAGGGCAUGACAGUUGCUGCAGGAUCUCCGGCCUUUUCCGACCUUGUGGCUCCAGCUGAUGCGGCCAUUGUUGCGAGACUUCGAGAGGCAGGGGCUAUCAUUCUGGGCCGCACUAACAUGCCGCCCAUGGCCGAUGGGGGUCCGCAGCGUGGCCUCUACGGUAGGUCUGAAAGCCCAUAUAAUGCCACGUACAGCACAACAGCCUAUGCUUCUGGCUCCUCGAACGGCAGCGGGACUUCGACAACAGCCUGCUUCGCUACCUUUGGGCUUGCUGGGGAGACAGUGUCUUCGGGGCGCUCCCCGGCCUCAAGCAACGCCUUAGUUGGCUACUCUCCAUCUCGCGCCGUUAUCCCAAAUCGCGGACAGUGGCCACUAUAUCCAACAUGCGAUGUCAUUGUGCCUCAUACACGGACAGUUCCUGAUCUCUUUGACCUGCUGAAUGUCAUUGUGUUUGACGAUGAAAGCUCAUCAUCAGGUAUCGACUUUUGGCGAAAUCAACCCUACGUUCCUAUUCCCAAGUCUUCCGAACUUCGCCCUCUCGACUUCCACCAUCUUGAAGACCCUCACGCUCUACAGGGGAAGCGGAUAGGUGUGCCGCGAUGCUUCCUUGGGGAACAGGGAACAGGAAACUCUGUCAUCUGCGCCAAAUCGGUCUUGGGUCUGUUCAAUCGUGCUCGCAAAGACCUAGAGUCCCUGGGCGCAAUCCUCGUUGAGGUAGACUUCCCGCUCCUUGAGCAAUACACAAGACAGGACUUUCCAGGCCAGGCGUGCAAUGUACCAGGCCUACCAUCCAACUGGAUGAGCCUCGAAAGAUGUGAAAUGAUCGCCACCGCUUGGGAUGAUUUUCUGCGUCACAUGAACGACUCUAAGUAUCCGAAUCUUUCAAUGGCCGACCCGGAGAAAGUUCACCCCCAUAUUGCUCCCUUGGACGAUCCUAAGGCAAUGUCUGAAGCGCAAAACAUUAUCCAAUACUCUGACAUGGUCGAAUCUGUGCGUACUCGGGCCACAACCCUGGACACCCUUCCGGGAUGUGAAGGAGCUGUGAAGGCCCUCGAAGGAAUGCGAAAGACAUUGUACGAGGAUUGGAUGGAUUUGCACGGCCUGGACGUGUUAGUAUUCCCGACGAAUGGCGAUGUGCCCUUUGCAAAUGCCGACGAGGAUCUGGACUCGAUGUGCCACGCCCUGCAAGAUGGGAUCAAGUACGCUAAUGGUGGUCGGGCCCUUAAGCAUCUCGGCGUGCCUUGUAUCACGGUGCCGAUGGGGGAGAUGGAGGAGAACGGCAUGCCUGUGGGUAUAACCUUCGCCACAAAGGGAUGGGCAGACCAGGACUUGCUCCGAUUCGCAUUUGCAUAUGAAAACGCCUUCAAGCGGCGAACUAUACCACGAAGAGCCCCAGCUCACUCCACUGACAAGGUUCCUCUAAUCUGCAUGCCCUUAACAGCCGUACGCCCUGUGCUAUCGGUUGGUCAUAUCAACUCGGAGACUAUCAAGGAUAAUCGGGCUGAGAUCCGGUCGGUUUCUGUUAGCGGCAAAGUCGCCUCGACCGAUCCUUGUGUUCAAGUCUCUUCUCUCACAGUCUUCGUUGAUGGUCAGGCUUCAGACGGACUCUUGGUCGGCGCUGGAAGAUGGUCAUUUGACCGUCAUUUGACUAGGCCAAGGAUGCAUGACAAAUAUCCUACGCUGGGGAAGGUUCCUAAGGAUAGUUUCAUGUUAACCUUCGUGGCGAAGACCACAAACGGCAGAUGCGCCGCGGAAAUGCUCCUCGUUGAGUAG